AUGGACCUGUGGAGCUGGGAUGAAGCAGCACCACAGGAAGUGCCUCGGGGGAACAAGCUGACAGGGCUGGAAGGAGCUGAAUUCGGCUUCUAUUUCCCUGACCUGGCGCUCCGAGGGGACAUGCCAACCGCAGAGACUAGCUGGAAAGGUUGCUGCGGGCUGGGAACCCUGGGGCUCCCGCAGCGGGGCUGGGACCCCGCGCUACUGCACCCAGAAGCUCCGUGGGGGGCGGAGCCCGCCCCUCAGGCUCUUCCGUGCUCCGGAGACUGGACGGACCUGGCGUGCGCGGCCUCGGACCCGUGGAGCCGCGGCUGCCAGACCCUGGACCCCGCCCCUCCCUGCCCGGGCCCCGCCCUGCUCUCUGGUUCUGAAGGGGCCGCGGGCCAGAACUGUGCCACCUCGGCGGGAGGGGCCGCCUCGUGGACGCGCGCCCAGGUGGCCAGGAGCGCCACCCGCUGGGACUGUUCGAUCGGCCCCGACGGCGCCACCUACUGGGGCAACGGCCUGAGCGGGGAACCGCGCGCGGACUGCACCAUUUCGUGGGGCGGCCCUGCGGGCUCGGACUGCACCGCCUCCUGGAACCCGGGGCUGCAUACGGAUUGCACCACAUCUGCGAAGGGGUACCAGGGUUCAGCUCUCACCACUUCCUCCGAACAGAGUCAGCAGUCGGACUGUGCCGCUUUGGCUCGUUACCCCAAAACUACCCAGCGAGGUCCCAUUCAGCUGUGGCAGUUCCUCCUGGAGCUGCUCCACGACGGGGACCGUAGCAAUUGCAUCCGCUGGACAGGCAACAGCCGCGAGUUCCAGCUGUGCGACCCCAAAGAGGUGGCUCGGCUGUGGGGCGAGCGCAAGAGGAAGCCGGGCAUGAAUUACGAGAAGCUGAGCCGAGGCCUGCGCUACUACUACCGCCGCGACAUCGUGCGCAAGAGCGGUGGACGCAAGUACACGUACCGCUUCGGGGGCCGAGUGCCCGGCCUAGCCUAUGCGGACUGCGCGGGAGGCGGACAGGGAGCAGAGACACAAUAAAGAUAUCCGGAUAAACCUC